AUGCCAAACAACAACCGGUGCCCGCUCUGCCGACACGAGCUGUUUGAACAAGAGGACUUCCAUUCAUUCGACAAUGCCUUCUACAGCAGUGACGAAGCGCUGGUUGAAUUCAAUGAUUACGACGACUCAACAGAUGAGGACGAGAGAGAACUUGAGGAACAACAAAGUCGACAGAUGCUUGCUGCGCCUCUGAAUACCCAGCUAGCACGUCGUACACAACCCACGAGCAGUAUUUCUCUGGCUGGAAUCACUAGCGCACAAAUAAUGGAGCGUAAUAGUCGUUAUCAGGAGUUUAGGGAGCAUGCUGACCGAAUACGCGAAUCGAGGAGGGCGCCCAGUCCAAAAUCACUCAGACGCUUAAGAACAUACACUGAGGUCGAAGAAGAAUCAGAUUCGGGAUCUGAUGAAUAUGAGUACCAAUCAGAAGAAGAAAUCGACUCUGCAGAUGAACGUGAGGAGAGGCGCGCCUACAAACUCCUACCAGGCGAAUACGACACAACCCUACCUGGCCAGUCCUCUGUAUCACACUGA